AUGAAGGUUUCAAGUUUUUCAACUAUGAUCAUUCUCGUGACCAUUUCAUUCAUUUUUUUCAUACCACCAAUUCAAUGCGCUCGACCAAAUCCAGACUCAGACUUAGUCCAACAAAUAUGUCAAAAAUCACCUAAUUACAGUCUUUGCCUUAUAACAUUAAGAUCAAAUGUAAAUUCAAAUGCAAAUUUAGAUUCAAAUAUAAAUCCACAUAAAUCAAAUGAAGAUGUUUCAACAUUUGCUCAUAAAAUCCUUGAGGUUGUCGCGGCAAAAGCACCACUCAUAUUACGACAACUUCAAAAUAGCGAUGCGCAAACCGAUCACACGCAACUUAAAAGUUGUUUGGAUAGUUGCAUUACUUCUUACACCAAGAUAUCAAAUGAACUUAUGCCACAAGCUCUAGAAUUUGUGGACAAAGGUGAUUUGAAUAGUGCAAAAGAGAAUGCAAAUAUUACAGGAAAUUUAGCUGAAGCUUGUGAGAAGGAUUGUAGUGGCACUACUAGUGCAACUAUUUCACCAAUUGGGGAUGCCGCCGGAACUACAUGGGCUGAAGGAAAUUGCGUUGUUAUCGAAGGAGAAGUGAUUGCAUUACUAGAAGCUUUGAGAGGAGUAGAACAAAAAUGCUUAUCACGUGUUAUUUCUGAAACGGACUCGAAAAGUGUGGUGGAUGUAAUUCAAAGCGUUCGUGUUGGUAGUUUAGAAUUUAGUUCAAUCAUUUGUCAUAUUGAAAAUGUUUUGUUAUCAAAUCCAAACUUUGUGGUAAAGUUUAUUAAUGAUAACAGUCAAUUAUAUGAUGUUGAAGAUGUUUCGAAAUUCGCUCAUAUAACCCUUGAGGUUAUCGCGGCAAGAGCACCGCUCAUAUUACGACAACUUCAAAGUAUUGAUGAGCAAACCGAUCACACACCACUUAAAAAUUGUGUGGAUAGUUGCAUUGUUUCUUACACCAAGAUAACAAAUGAAAUUAUGCCACAAGCUAUAGAGUUAGCACACAAAGGUGAUUUGAAUGGUGCUAAAGAGAAAGCAACUCUUGUGCAAAAUUUGGCUUAUUCUUGUGAGAAGGAUUGUAGUGGCUCUACUAGUGGAGAGGUUUCACCAGUUGGGGAUAGUAAUCAAUAUGUGCAAGAUAUGUGUGAAAUUACUGUGUCCAUGAUUACCAAUUUUCCUAAAUCAAAUCAACAAACCGUGGCAUAG